AUGGAAUCCCAGCUCAGAGCGGCCCAGGAGGAGAUUCAAAGACUUCGAUCCGACAACACCAGACUGCGGGCGGAAAACUUGGCUUUCCAAACCCAGCAAAAUGCCGCCGAGGAGUGUUAUCAGCUCCGCAAUCAGUACGCCGCACUUCAGGCCGAUAACCAGCGGCUUGUGUUCGACAUCCGCUCACUACGUGCCCAGAUGGGCAUUCAUGUGGUUACCAACACGGAGCUUUGA